GAGAAUAAUAAAUACCCCACGCCAUGGUUGCGCCCGUGCUCCCGCUGCUGCUUCUGCUGCUUGUGAGUGGCCUCCUCCCAUGCGAGGCUGCGUUCUGGGCCAACUCGCCGCCUCUCUUCCAGAACUCCCAGAACGUCCGAUCGUUCACGAAGGACAACUUUACCGCCGGCGUCCUCAUGUCUGACGUGGUGUGGGUCGUCGAUUUCUACGCGCCGUGGUGUCCGCAUUGCAAGCAUUUCGCGCCGCAUUUCGAGGGCGUGGCCGACCAUUACAGCGACUCGACGACAGUCAAGUAUGGAGCCGUGGACUGCACCACAGAAGACAAGCUGUGCGCCGAGUACGAGGUCAUGGGGUACCCGCAGUUACGGCUGUUUAACUUGCCAGCCAAAGGGAGUAAGCCACUAUCGAUGCCGUUCCGCCACAACGGCAAAAAGUUCGAUGGCGUGGUCACGUGGGUGGAAGAAGUGUUCGCCGAGCACAACCAGACCACGGGCGUGGAUUUACCCGAUUUUGACUUGUACAAGGACAUUGGCCACGGCGGCACCGCGCCGCCAAAGAAGAAGCAUCUUCGUCCUGACAUUGCGACCAAACAAUCGAGCCGCGACCGCCGCGCCGCGCACCUGCGGGACGCCGGCCUCGCCCUCGCGCUGUCACUGGAGACGGGCAUGUUUCUCGGCUCGUCCGUGUUAGCCGGAACUAAAUACGCCACCGCCGAACGCUGGCUACAACUGCUAAUCGCUCGGUUCCCAUUAGCCCAGAACCGCCAAGCAUUGGCCACGCUGCUGAACCGAAUGCAGAGCCAGCGGUCGUGGGCGUUGGCCGAGUGGAAGGACUUGAUCGCGACAUGGAAGCUGGACGUAUUUGGCACCACCUACCCCAGGGAUCUCUUCUCCAGACAAGACAUGGAGCUAUGCACUACCUACACGUGUGGUCUCUGGACGCUAUUCCAUAGCUUAACCGUAUCGCAGUCGUCGGACGCUCUGUCGCGCAAAGACGCGAUCGCUGUCGCAUUUGGAAUCCGCGACUUCGUGUCCAAUUUCUUUGGUUGCGAGACUUGCGUGAUGCAUUUCACAGGGGCCAACCCUGACUCAAAGCUAAAUGCGAUCGGAGCGACGGGAACUCCCGACCAGCAGCUGCCGUUGUGGCUACAUGCGAUGCACAAUUCAGUGAAUGCUCGUACAAAACACUCGCAAUUCCCAUUGCCUGCCGUACACCGCCCAAUACAAUGCUAUCUAUAUACACUGUCGGUUCACCCCCUUUUGUGUGCUAGGAUUGUCCGACCUGCUACUCCCCCAAUAACGCCACAAGCGACCUCGCCGUCGUCGCGUAUCUUGAGCAAGAGUACUCCGUGCCGGAAUCCGAGACCAAACAUAUGCCUACACAUGGAAAAGAAAGCGGAGUGGACCAAGCAUCCAUGCUGUAUGUGCACAGCAUCGGGCAGGUCGAAGUCGGUAGUGUCGUGCUCAUGUCUGCAUUUGUGAUGCUGGCAGUGUACGCCCGAUAUUAUACCCGCGGACUUGCCGCCAUGCAUCGAAUAAACCAUGGCGAAAGCGGCAAGCACAUGUAAAUCAUCUCAAAAAGAAAACUCUCGAGACUGUGUAUUGUGUUCAACAAAUCACCACACAGACUAAUUAAGAUAACUACUACCGAC